ACCACCUUCUAGCCGCCCCGGCCCCACCCGAACCCGGCGUCGCCGCUGCCCAGGUCAUGGCGUGCGGAGCGACUCUGAAAAGGACUCUGGAUUUCGACCCGCUGCUGAGCCCGGCAUCCCCGAAGCGGAGGCGCUGUGCGCCAUUGUCGGCGCCCGCUUCGGCUGCCGCCUCUCCCGCUGCCGCCUCCGCUACUGCCACGGCCGCCUCGUUCUCGGCCGCCGCCGCCUCGCCGCGGAAGUACCACCGCAUGGAGCCGUCCCCAUUCGGCGACGUGGCCUCCCGUCUGACCACAGAGCAAAUUCUGUACAAUAUAAAACAAGAGUAUAAACGCAUGCAGAAAAGAAGACAUUUAGAAACUAGUUUUCAACAGACAGAUCCUUGUUGUACUUCUGAUGCACAACCACAUGCAUUUCUCCUCAGCGGGCCAGCUUCACCAGGGACUUCAUCUGCAACAUCUUCACCAUUAAAAAAAGAACAGCCUUUAUUCACUCUACGGCAGGUUGGGAUGAUUUGUGAACGUUUGUUGAAAGAACGUGAAGAGAAAAUUCGAGAAGAGUAUGAAGAAAUACUGAACACAAAACUUGCAGAACAAUAUGAUGCAUUUGUGAAGUUUACACAUGAUCAGAUAAUGAGACGAUAUGGAGAACAGCCUGCUAGUUAUGUUUCAUGAAUCACGUUUUCUUCAGUUGUGGGCUGCCUUGUUCCUUGUUGAGUUGUUGCAAGAGAUCUCAAUUAUGACAUGCAACAAUGCCAAUAAAUACCCUCCUGUGAAUACAGGUUGUUACAAGCUUUUGUCAGUGGCAACCACUCUUAGGCAACAACUGGUUUUGGAAAUUUCGCUGAUGUCAGUACCACCUGGAUAUGGACCUCUGCUACCUGUAUUUAAUACCAGUGGCCUCAUUUGCUGUAUCAUUACAAUUUGGCUUCUUAUUAAUGAUAUAUUUGAAAAGGAUUAUAGCUGGUAUUCUAGAACAUGCCUUUCACUGGUUGUGUAAAUAAAACUGUAGAAUGACACUUCAGACUGAAGUUAGCGUGUUUUUUUUUUAAUAAUUAUGCACUACAAAUAAGCUGUAACCAGUUAUUAAUAAUUUAGAAUGUAAUACCAGGACAAUGUUAAGCAAAUAGCCUACAGUGCUUCCUGUGAAAUAGUGAAGGAGUAGGGCAUUUCUAUAUUCAGGACUUACUUGGGUUUCAGAUUGGGUUUAUAUGAUUUUUUGGGGGGGGGGCUAGUUUUAUUUAUUCUAUCCAUUUCUUUAACAAAUGUUUAUUGUUGCAUUUCCCCCUCCCUUCAAGUGUAUGAUUGUUUUAUUGCCUUGUAGUACUGGAAUUUAGUUGAAAGAAUAAAGCAUUUACUUCCAAUAUGCUUGGUUUUUAAUGCACAGAUAGAUGGGGGUAAUAAGUGAAUAAAUCCAGUGUUUUAAA